GGAGCUAGCUGAGGCCAUGUACUGCUGCUAUAUUUCAGACCUCAGCAAGUAUAUUUUGGCCUCAUUUAAUUUCCAGUAUAUAUAUACACAUAAAAGGUAGCUUUCUCCAACAAGAGCCACCAGUUGCAGUGAUCACAAUUUCCCAAAUAUAUAUAUAUAUAUAUAUAUAUAUAUAUCUAUCUAUCAUCGUCAGUCCGUAUAUAUGGAGUCUUCAAAUCUUUAUCAUCAUCAUCAUCAUCAGCUUCAAGAACAGUGUUUUGGCUAUGGACUGUCGUCCCUACUUGACUGGAAUCCAAGCGUAUCCAUCGAUGAAGAUGAUGAGUACUAUAAGCGACAUUUGGAUGGAUUAAUGUUUCCUGUGUUGUCGCCGUCGUCGGCGGAUGCAAUUCCGGCAGCAAUACAGCAGCAGUACUAUCAUCAACCGACCACCAAUGUAGUACCGCAACAUGAAAACUACUACUCCGAGCAGACAGGAAUAAGCAUGUCGUCCUCGUCGCACUGCAAUAUCAUCCCGGUCAACUCGGACUAUGUCGUCAAACGCGAGCAACAUAACUCCUUUGACCUAAACCACAAUAUUUUUCUCGGAGCACCGGGGGCCGGCCGCCAAAUUCCAAUUCCUGCGCCUAGGUUUGCAAAUAUGAAUUCUUCUAAUAAUUCUCCGCCGCCUUCACUGCUUUCUUCAAUCUCCGCCGCCUACACAGAGUUUCCCGGCGACAACACUACCUCGUAUUUCGGCUUCGCUAACAUUCAUGAACCAAUUCAUAGCCCAUCCAGCAGUUCCAACAAAGUUUCAAACGCAAAGAGGGUAUCGGGGGCGGCAAUGGAAUCUCAUCAACAACCUAAGAAGCCACGAACCGGAUCACAACGAUCUUCAUGUCCAGUGCUCAAGGUGAGGAAAGAAAAACUUGGAGACAGGAUAGCAGCUCUACACAGAUUAGUGGCACCUUUUGGCAAGACAGAUACAGCCUCCGUGCUGACAGAAGCCAUUGGCUACAUCCAGUUCCUUCAUGACCAGAUCCAGGCAUUGAGCUUGCCGUACAUGAAAUCAUCUGGAGCUGGCAGCCACCACCCUCACCGGACAAGCCGAGUACAGGCACCGAACAUGAAGAAUGAAGAAGGCAAGACAACAUUGGAUCUGAAAAGUAGAGGAUUAUGUCUUGUACCAUUAUCUCUUACAUCGUACAUCACUUCUUGCCAAGGAAUAUAUAUGGCCACACACAACUAAUUAGCCAUGGAUCUGGACAACUUAAUUUAAUUGUAUUUAUAAAUAUGCAUUACUCUGUUGAAAAUAAAAAAUUUACUAGUUUGAAGAUGGAGGAACUUCAUGUGCAGAGAAAACAUCUCCUGCAUGAUGAUCAGUCUUUCCUAAGCUCCAUUUCUUCGAGUCGAACACCGUCAUGAUUCAAUAUGACUAUCUCCACCAUAUCGCCCUGCAGUUCACAGACACAAUACAGGUCAAGAAAAACAGAAACAAACACUGCAUUAAUGGAGAAAGCACGCGACAAAACUCAAAUAUGAAAGGAACUUACAGUGUAAAUAUCUCUUUCUGUGGCUGAUGCAAAGCAUGUUUUCACCAAAUCAAUAGCUUCUUCACUUAAAGUACAACUGAAGAAGAGGCAAUCCCAAUCAAGUUAGUAGACUUAGCAACCACAAUGUUACAAGUUAGCAGGUUUUAUCUCCUUGUGGUCCUUUGAAGAAUGUAAUGUCUUACCUUCAUCAUCAAGGCCACUGACAACAUUGAAAGAGUAGUAGGGGAAAAAUCGCGUGUAGUAUAAGGUGUUUGCAAGGAACUGAGCCAUUGCAGGGCAGCUCAUCUGUUUAUUGUGCUGAUGUUGAUAAAUCUAGUUUUCAAGAACAAAUGGAUCAUAUUAUUUCAA